AUGAAGCUGGGGUUUCUUAUAUUCAAGAAUGCUGACAAAGUUCGACCUUUUGGAAUCGAAAAAAUUUGGAAAACACAAGAUGACAUUGAAUCAGACAAAAUCGAGCAGUCCCUUCGUGACUCUCUCAUGGUAAUGAGGAAAAGGAGGGAAGAAAAGGUACUAACAGGACAAGCAGACAACUUUGGGAGCGAUUUCCUAGGAUCACUCCUGAGAGUUCACCAUGAUGCAGACAAGAAAAACAGAAUUUCAUUAGAUGAUGUCAUCGAUGAAUGCAAAGUAUUCUUUCUUGCUGGACAUGAAACAACUAGCAGCCUGCUGUCCUGGACUUUUCUUCUGUUAGCAAUCCACACAGAUUGGCAAGAUAAAGCAAGAAAAGAAGUUCUUGAAUUGUUUGGCCAAGAAAACCCAACAGCAGAAGGCCUUCCCAGAUUGAAAACAGCUAGCAUGAUUAUCAAUGAGGCCUUAAGGCUUUACGGCCCAGUAGCAAGUCUAGUAAGAAGAGUGGCAAGGAAAGUUAGGGUGGGGAAAUAUGUACUCCCGGCUAACAUGGAGUUGCAGAUUUCUCCUUUAGCCCUUCACAGAAAUCCAGAAAUAUGGGGAGAAGAUGCUCAUCUUUUCAAACCAGAGAGAUUUGCAGAAGGGAUAGCAACAGCGACAAGGAACAACCCGAUGGCCUUCCUCCCCUUUGGAUAUGGACCAAGAACUUGUGUUGGGUUGAACUUUGCAAACAAUGAAGUGAAGAUAGCACUGUCAAUGAUUCUUCAGCGUUAUAAGUUUACAUUGUCACCGAGUUAUAUUCACUCUCCUCUUUCUCUUGUGACAAUACGCCCGCAACAUGGCGUGCAGAUCAUGCUUCAGAAGUUGUAAAGUGAACAAAAUGGACAUACUCAAUCUGCCUAGUGCGCUAUGAAUGGUUGAAUGUUUGGUUUCAACUGUACAACUAUUAGUGGUAGAAGUUUGCAUCAACGCUUUGUAAUAACACGAGAAAAAUCCUCUUUCAAGGUGAUGAAGUUAAUGCUAGACUGUAAUAUACAUGAAUAAUUGGAUAUACAAAAUUCCUUUU